AUGACUUCGCGUAUGAUUGGUGGGCUAAUUUCAAGUGAGGUUCGUAAUAAGGCUUUGACAUCAGUUAGUGAGGUGGUUUAUGAUUUCAAUGACUAUUAUGGAACAGAAGUUUCUUAUCAGCGAGCUUGGAUGGGUGUUGAAAAAACAAGGGAUGUUGUUUUUUGUGACUAUUCAUCUUCAUUAGACGAUCUUCGUUGGUAUGUUGAUACCGCUAAUGAUUGUAAUCCGGGGAGUGUUUUUGAUAUGGGAUUUGAUAUUGAUAGUAAAGGAAGACAUUUCAAAUGCUUAUUUUUCGCUUUUGAGGCAUGUAUUCAUGGUUUCAAGUAUUGUCGGCCUGUGUUGAUGCUUGAUGAAACUUUUUUGAAAGAAAAACACAAAGGUUAUUUAUUGGCUGCUACGGAAAAAGACAGUAACCAAGGUUUAUAUCCAUUAUGUUUUGCCAUUGUUGAUAGUGAACGUUAUGACAAUUGGCAUUGGUUCUUGUCAAAGUUAUUCGUUAUUUUGACUCCGGGAAGGGAUAUUAUGUUUGUUACUGAUCGACAUGGAGGUUUGCUGAAAGCUUUAGCUAAGGUCUUUUCGUUUUCUUCUCAUUCUUUUUGUCCAAUGCAUUUGAAAACAAACUUGAAGACUUAUUUGUUAGUGAAGAGUCGCGAAUCUAAAGAGUAUUUGCUCACUCCUUUUAGUAGAUAUGCAUAUGCUCAUAUUAUUCAGUUGUUUAAUGAGCUAUUUGAAGAAUUUAAGGGUCGUUGUGGUCGUAAUGUUCAAAAGUUUCUUGAGGAUUUGCCUAAUGAGUGUUGGUGUAACGCUUAUUUUCAAGGCAAGAGGUAUGGUGAAAUGUGCACAAAUGCUGCAGAAUCUUUUAAUUCAUGGAUUAGGGAUAAGCACCAUUUGUUUUCAACUAAUCUUGUUGAUGCUAUACGGGUGAAAAUAAUGGAGCAAUUUUCAAAAAGCGAUGAUAUUUAUGAAAUCCAAUUAGAUCAUUCAGUUAUGGUUGAUAUUGGGAAACAGUCUUGUUCUUGUCGAUUGUUGGAAAUUGAUUAUUUUCCUUGCAAACAUGAUUUUUAUGCUAUAAAGAGGAGUGAGAAGGAUCUGAAUUGUUUUAUUGAUGAUUACUACCAUGUUCGUAGUUAUUGUGAUUCGUAUUCGCAUUCUAUCUAUCCAGUUCCUAGUAUGUGGAAGCCAAAUGUAGUUCUUGAUGAUGACGUUGUUUUACCUCCUCUUUGUAAGAAACCAGUUGGACGUCUAAGAACAGAGAGAAUACCUUCGAAGGGCGGAUCCAGAGAAUUAGGUGCAGUAGAUGUGGAAAGAUGGGAGCUCAUAAUCGAAAGACAUGUAAAGAAGCUUGCUUAG